CGUAGAAGAAGAAAACACUUCCUGUUGCAAAAAGUGAGUGGCGGUAAACACGUACUGAAAAAAGGAAUAUCUUGGUUCUUAUUAGUGGUUAUUUGGCCCGACGUUUUAAACCCAGAAAACUGCCUUCUGUCUACAGAAUGUCCUGCAACGCCAGUGUUAUUCGGGUCCAUGUGCCACCAGAGGGACAGCUACAGCGGGCUCCUGUCCACCUUCUUCCCUGUGAGAUUGAACACAGUGGAUCGGCCCAGGUCUCACAAUACUUCACUGCGACCACAAAAGACCGCAAAUGUGAGAAAACAGUGUCAUUCAGAGGACGUGAGCUGAAAGGACAGGAGAUCAGCUGUCCUCAGGGAUACACUGGCCUGGUGCUGAAAGAGACCAACAAGCCCGGCUCUGACCAAGAGCUGACGUACUGGAACCUGGAGACUCCUCCCAAUUCUGAUGACAUGAUUGUGAUGGCAAUGGAUUGGCCAGAGCUUGCUGACGCAAUCCAUGGGCCAGUACAAGACUGAAGAGAGAAAACUACCACGUUAGCAGUGAGGUGUACAGUGUAGUAACAUGUGUAAUGUUCAUAUAUUUUUGUACAGGUUAUUCUGUAGUGAAUUAAAAAGUGUCAAAUGA